AUGUCACAUUUAGGUAGAAUCAAUAAUUUGGUCAACCAUUUGAUGGUUGAAGAUGUUGAAGAGGAUCAAGAUGAAUUACACUUGAAUAAUGUUUCUGGAAAAGUAAAGAAAGAUUCAAUUACAGUUACAGAUAAUCGUACAGGUAAAACAUAUAAUGUUCCAAUUAAGGAUUUGACAAUCAAUGCUUUGGCAUUCAGAGAGGUGUCAGAGACAGCUGGAGACAAUGGAUUGAUGGUAUACGAUCCAGGUUUCCAGAAUACAGCGGUCGUCACAUCGACUAUCACAUACAUCGAUGGAGACAAGGGAAUUUUGCGAUACAGAGGCUACCCAAUCGAGGAGCUGGCAGAGCGCUCCAGCUUCCUCGAGGUUGCCUACUUGUUGAUCAACGGAAACUUGCCCAACAAGGUGCAACUCGACUCUUGGUCAAAUCGUAUCAUGACCCAUACAUUCCUCCACGAGAAUCUCGUCGGUAUGAUGAAAACAUUCCGUUACGACGCUCACCCAAUGGGUAUGUUGAUCAGCACCGUUGCGGCACUCGGAACUUUCUACCCCGAGGCAAACCCUGCCCUCGUCGGUCAGGACAUUUUCAAGUCCGAGUCGGUGCGUAACAAGCAGAUCUUGCGUAUCGUAGGUAAGCUACCGACGAUCGCUGCGUGCGCGUGGCGUCAUCGUAUCGGUCGUCCCUACAAUACACCGGUCAACCACUUGGGAUACACUGAGAACUUCCUUUACAUGUUGGACAAGCUGUCCGAGCAAGACUACAAACCGAAUCCAGUGCUGUGUCGUGCGCUCGAGAUUCUCUUUAUUCUGCACGCCGACCACGAGCUGAACUGCUCGACCGCAGCAAUGAGACACAUUGCAUCGUCGGGAACAGACCCAUACACUUCUGUGGCCGGUGCAGCGGGUGCGCUCUACGGUCCAUCGCACGGUGGUGCCAACGAAGCCGUCCUCGACAUGCUCCAACAGAUCGGUGCCAAGGACAACGUACCACAAUUCAUAGCCGACGUCAAAGCCAAGAAGAAGAAGCUGAUGGGAUUCGGACAUCGUAUCUACAAGAACUACGAUCCACGUGCCAAGAUCAUUCGUCGCGUUGCCUACGAGGUUUUCGACUCGCUCGGAAAGGAGCCACUGAUCGAAGUUGCCACCGAGCUCGAGAAGCAGGCGCUGAACGACGAGUACUUUAUCCAGAGAAAGCUGUACCCCAACGUCGAUUUCUACUCGGGACUCAUCUACAAGGCUAUGGGAUUCCCUACCGAUAUGUUCCCAGUGCUCUUUACCAUCCCACGUGCAGUCGGUUGGUUGGCUCACUGGAUCGAGCACUGCGAAGACCCAGAGACCAAGAUCUACCGUCCACGUCAAGUAUACAAAGGUGAAUGGUUCAGAAACUACGUACCAAUUGAAGGUCGUCCACCUGCUAAAGUUCGUUCACAAGAUUUCUAUUCCUCAUCGACCACCAAGAGAUAUUCAAAAGUAACAAGUUCAUCAUAA